AUGGUCUUUGAAGGAGUUCCUAGCCCAGGCACUGAUAGGUCUGGCAGUGGUACGUCAGGAAGUGAUGAGAAGAUCUCUGCCACCAAGAUCGAUCCUCUCGCUUCCGACACCAAGGCUAAUCAGCCUCAUGACCAAUCCUCAAGAGGAGCUACGGGUACUGAUAGAAGCAUUGAUCAAAGUCGCAUCGACCCUCUUGGAGGCGCCGGUCGGUAUAAACAUCCCGCUCCCCAUGCAGACAGUCAAGGCGUUGCCGGAAGGGAUGAAGCCAUCCAGGGAGCAAAGAUCGACCCUCUGAGUGGAAAGGAGAACACCUCGACUACCAAGUCACCUGGACUGGAUGAUGAGCAAGUCGACGCCUCCAGGAUCAAUCCCUUGGGCGAGGUCCGAGAGGAAAUGGGAUAA